AUGAGUCUCACACCGGCCCUCAGGGCAAACAUUCAGGGUGAUGUUUGGCCCGGUCUCCCAAAGAGAUUUCAAAGUUUCCUUUUCUUUCGGAUUCGGAACCAGGUCGAUUUCAAGGACCGGCUCAAGACAUUCACUGAUAAGAUCACCACUGCUCAAGAUGCCUGUAAAAUGAGCGAGAUCAUCAAGGCGGCAAGAAAAGAAGCCGAACAGGCAAAGAGAUCUGCGAAGCUUCAAGCUUUGCCAGGAAUCAACAUUGCCUUUACUUCCACCGGCCUUGAAGCGCUUGGAGCAUUCAUCAAUGUUCCGGACCAAGAGCUGGUUAAAGCGGACAGAAAGUUCUCCCCGAUCUUCCGAAAGAAUCAGAUUCGUGGAGGUCUGUUUGAGAAGGGUAUGUACAGUGAUCUUGUUGGAGAAGGCUGGGACAAUCCCCAAGAGCUGCGAACAGAAUAUAAGCCUACCAGUGACAAUAAGAGGCUUAUUGAUGGUGUCAUCAUGGUGACCUCGAGCUUGAAGUCCGAUUUGGAUGCGAGAAUUAGUGAAGUGAAGCAGCACUUCCUGGCCGAGAAGGGAACGCAUGCCAAUGCAGACACCUACGCCAUCAGCAGGGACCCUUCGAUCGAGUUCACCCUGGUCAGAGAAGGAAAGGUCCGACCUGGUCUUCAGAAGGGAAAGGAGCACUUUGGAUUCCAGGAUGGAAUCAGUCAGCCUCUCAUCGAAGGCUGGGAUGAAAGACAGCCUCAGGCGAAGGAACCAAAAGCCGCAAAGCCAGGAUUGGUUCUUUGCGGAAAUGAGGGUGACAAGCAAAAACAACCGGCUUGGGUAAAAGACGGUAGCUUCCUUGUCUUCCGUGACCUUCAGCAGCUUGUUCCUGAGUUCGACGCAUUUAUGGAAGACAAUGCGCACCUCGCCCCUUUCACUCAAGAUCACCCCAGGCCAGCUGAGAAACUUGCAGCACACUUGAUGGGCCGAUGGAAGAAUGGAACUCCUGUUGAUGAAUCUCCUCACGACGACUCAAACAAAGAUCUCUUUGCAUCAAACAACUUUGAUUACAGCCCUAUUGAUGAGCACAAGAAAUGCCCCUUUGCUGCUCAUACUCGCAAGAUGAGACCUCGAGGAGACAUGAACCACGACCACGCCAUCAUCUGGCGUCGCGGAAUUCCCUACGGCGAGGAGGUGACAGCAGAAGAAGCAGCUGAUCGAAAGUCUGCUGCAGACAAGGAGCGUGGGCUUCUGUUUGUCUGCUAUCAAAGUGAUAUUCGAAAUGGAUACAACUUCCUGACUACCCGCUGGGCUAGCAGCCACCAUUUCCCCGACGACAAGACCCAUGUAGUUGGCGAGGAGGGCCCGGGUAUCGAUGCCAUCGUGGGCCAAAGACUUGAGCAUCACCCGCCUCGCUCUUUCGCUACGAUUGACCAUGACAACAAGUCCGGCAAUCGGUUAGCAUUGGAAAGCUGGGUCGUCCAACGAGGAGGAGAUUACUUCUUUGUGCCCUCUAUUUCGACAUUGCGGAAUGAGCUUACGGGUCCUGGCAUCUUUGAUCAAGCAGCAUUGCAGCGCCUCCGUGAUGAAGCUGAAGACGAAUGA